AUGGAGGACAAUGAGUUUAGAAGAAGUAAGAAGAGAGGUGAAGUAGGCAAAGAAGGAGUAGACCGAGCAGUGUUACCCCUCCCUCAGUCCAGCUUGGCUGUUUCGAGCAGUGGGACCUCUCCCUCAAUCGAAGAUGCCACUCAAUCAGCAGCAGGGGCAGCAACUCCAGAUUCGUGUGAAAAGGUACAUGACAAUCCUCGAGCUGAUAGGAAACGUAGUUGGGUUUGGGAGCACUUUGAGGAAUACACUGAUACGAAAGUGAUUAAAGUUAAGGGUAAAGAAGAUAUUAUACAAGAGUUUAGGAGGGCUAAGUGUAUAUAUUGUCCUAAGGGUGCUGUAGGAGACUAUGCUUGUGAUUCUUACAAAAAUGGGACUCAGGGUAUGAUUAGGCACAUAAACAACUCAUGCAAGUAUUAUCCAGGAAGGAGGGUUGUCGAUAAGAAUCAGAAACUGCUUGUUGGUGAUAAAAGUAAGGGUAAUUCAUUGAAGGCUGUAGCUUAUAAUCCUGACGAAGUGAUGCAAGCUUGUGUUGAAAUGGUUGUAGUUGAUGAGCUUCCUUUUAGCUUUGUUGAGAAGCAAGGGUUUAGGAAGUUUUGUUAUGUUAUGCAGCCUUUGUUUAGGGUCCCCUGUAGGAAAACUUUGGUGAAAGACUUUCUGAAGUUGUAUGAUAGGACAAAGAAGAAAUUGAAAUCUGAUUUGGCACAUUAUAGAGUUUGCCUAACUACUGACACUUGGACAAGUGUUCAGAAUUUCAAUUACAUGGUGCUAACAGCACACUUUAUAGAUGAUGAGUGGGUUAUGCAUAAGAGGAUUAUCAAUUUCUGCACUAUCCAUAACCAUAGUGGAAAUUCGAUAGGGAUGUUGAUUGAGUCUUGUUUGAUUCAGUGGGGAAUAACCAAGGUUUUAACCAUUACAGUAGAUAAUGCGGCUGCUAAUAAGUGUGCUCUUGAGUUUGUUAGGUCCAAACUUAACAAAAGGGAAAACUCGGAAUCAAUCUUAGGGGGAAAGUUCAUGCAUGUUAGGUGUACUGCUCAUAUUUGUAACUUGAUUGUUGGAAGUGGGUUGAAAAGGUUGAAUAGGGCAGUGCUAGCCAUUAGAAAUGCUGUAAAGUUUGUUAGGUCUUCGGCAUCUAGGCUGGAUAGUUUUAAGGCAUGUGUAGCAAAGGAACAAGUCCCUUGCAAAGGCUUGGUGGUUAUGGAUGUUCCCACAAGGUGGAAUUCAACAUUCUUAAUGUUGGAAGCUGCCUUGAAGUUCAAAAAAGCCUUUGGAAGGAUGCUAGAGGAUGCUGACAGUGGCUUUGCUGCAUAUUUCAAGGAGCCUGAGGAAGAGUAUGAUGAGGAAGGGAAUGUGGUUCCAGUCAAAGGCAAUAGAAAUAGAGUUGGGCCACCGACAGAUGAAGAAUGGGAUAAGGCAGAGGUGUUUGUUCAGUUUCUGCGGGUUUUUUAUGAAGUUACUUUGAGGGUCAGUGCAAGUAAUCAUCCUACAAUUCAUACUACUUUCCAUGAUGUGUUGUCCAUGGAAACUGAGAUCAACAAGCUGUUUAUUGCUCGUGAAUUGCAAACAGGGAGUGAAACUGAGAAAGUGUUGAUUGAUAUGGCAGGACACAUGAGUUCUAAAUUUCUCAAGUAUUAUGGCUGCUUCAAGGAUCUAAAUCCUUUGGUGUUUAUGGGGCUUGUUCUUGAUCCCAGAUUCAAGCUACUUAAUAUCACCCAUUUGUUGAAAAAAGAAGGGUAUGAUAAUGACAUUGUGGAAGCAAAAGCCAAGGAGUUAAGGGAUGUGUUGAUGUCAUUGUAUGAAGCUUAUGCACCAAAGGAUGCCCCUGUAAAGAAAAAGGAGGUUUUAACCUCAAGUUCACAAAGUACAGUAACAAGCAGUGACAGCAGAGGAAGAGCAUCAAUCUUGAGUGAUUGGAGAAAAGUUGUUUCAGAACUUGAUGAGCAAGUGGUUGCACAUGAAGUGGACAAGUAUCUGUUGGACCCUCUUGAGUACACAAAUUUAGGAGAAUCAGAUUUCCCUAUUUUGUUAUGGUGGAAGUUGAAUGGAGCUAAGUACCCUGUUCUUGCAGCAAUAGCCAAAGAUGUAAUGGCUGUUCAAGUGUCCACAGUUGCAUCUGAGGCUGCUUUUAGCACUGGAGGGAGAGUAAUCGACAACUUUAGGAGUUCAUUAACUCCUAAAUCUGUGGAAGCUUUGAUAUGUUUGCAAAGUUGGUUGAGAGGGAAUGAUAUUAGCUGCAUAGAGGAUGCUCCAGGCAUCAAGGAAACAGAAUUCUAUGAGAAAUGUGAGAAAGAUCAUAUAAACUCAGCAUCUUCAAGUGUUAACUCAUGUCCUCCUCCAAAACCAAAGGGAAAGGAUACAAGUGAUGAAGUUGUGGAGGUGAUUGAAGAUGAAUCUGAAAAUUCUGGUUCUGAAGACUCAGAAACAACCUUUGUGCAAUACUUCUAUGAGUUUAUUUGGGUUGUAAACUUUCUUAAGGGAUCACUGGAUCAGUUUGUCAUGCCUAAUGCGUUGAUUCACUUGAUUGCUUACUGUCUUACUUAG